AAUCAUGGUACAUCUUGGUACCCUGAAUUUUCUUAAAGAAAAAAAUCCAUUAGAACCACAUAUUCCUUAUGGCCUUGGUCCGACAAGUUUUAUUUGUUUAUGUUGAUAUGAACUAAAUUUGUGACAUGGUUAGCUCUCAAAUCUUCUUGAAUCACGACGUAGUCCUCCUAUUAAAAGAUAUUUAACGGUGAAAAUGGUUACCAUUUCACUUCUUAGGUUUAGUCGUGUGAAAACUUCUAUUUAUUCUGAAUAUUGACAAUACUUUGUUUGUACAUGAAGGUGAUGUUUUUUGAUGCAAGUGACGGAUGACAAGGUUAACUGAUGCAUAAUGUAGUAUGAGUGGUUUCAUUAAUUGAUUAUGAUUCUGGGUGGAAGCAGGCUCUUUCUGACGAUGGAUGGCCACUUCAAGUUUCUCCCCUGCAUUAUACCCUAAGAUUUCUCAGAAAUUACAGAAGAGGUGUCUGUCUGUUCCGGAGAUUCGAUUCAAUCGGCCAUCUUUUUCCACUGCUCCUCGGGAUUCAGAUUCACUCUUUCUCUUCCUCAAAAUAUAAUGUUUCAGAUUUUGAAGGAUAGGAAGUGAUAUUGAGAAGAACGGUGUGUUGGGUUAAUGGAGGGGGAGACAUUGUCAUCAGGAGGAAUGGGGAAUGGAAGGCAGAUGGAUGGGAAAAUGGCUCAGACAUUUCAGAAGAAUUUCGUUCAAGUUCAGAACAUUUUGGAUCAAAACAGAUUGCUGAUCAAUGAAAUUAACCAAAAUCACGAGUCCAAAAUGCCCGACAACCUCGCCAGAAACGUGGGCUUGAUUCGCGAGCUUAACAACAACAUCAGAAGGGUUGUUGAUUUGUACGCCCAUCUCUCCGCUUCCUUCACCAAAUCUAUGGAGGCUUCCUCCGAAGGAAACUCCGCCGCCAAGCCUGGCCACAAGCGCAACCGCCCUCCGCCGUAGCCCAUUUAUAUAUUACUACCCUCCCCUCUCCCUUUUUCUUCAUUCUUUGCUUACAGCGAUAAUUUCCCAGAUUCUGUGUUUCCAAUUCUAAACCAAAAUUCACCAUAUAUUUGUCUUCUCUUCGGUUUUUCCUUUCUUGAGUCUCUCUCUGUCUGUUGGGGAAACAUUGUGAAGUAGUAAGGUAGUAAGGUAGUGUGCAGGUACUCCAUUGGGGUUCUCCCACCAGCACAAA